UCUUUGCAGCGUCCCUGGCUCGGGGUGGAGAUCACGAUAUGGGUCUCUUGUAUCCGGCUGGUUUUGUGACCCUGGUGGUUCUGGUGAUAGGGUUGUACCUGCUGUUCCGUGGAGAUGGCGAGGUGUUCAAUGUCGGGUAUUUCCUGGAAGCGGUUUCUCCGUAUGCGUGGGCGAAUAUUGGUAUUGCGAUGUGUAUAGGCCUGUCGGUGGUUGGAGCAGCAUGGGGUAUCUUCUUGACGGGCUCAUCGAUCGUGGGUGGAGGUGUCCGGGCGCCGCGGAUCCGGACAAAGAACCUGAUUUCGAUUAUUUUCUGUGAAGUUGUGGCUAUCUACGGUGUGAUCAUGGCCAUUGUCUUUUCCUCGAAGCUCAACCUGGUCAGCGACGAGGAGCUCUUCUCCGGCAGCAGCUACUACACCGGCUACGCGCUCUUCUGGGGCGGCAUCACGGUCGGCAUGUGCAAUCUGAUUUGCGGUAUUUCCGUGGGAAUCAAUGGAAGUGGAGCAGCUCUAGCUGAUGCCGCCGACCCCAGCCUGUUCGUCAAAAUCCUGGUCAUCGAGAUUUUCAGUUCCGUUCUCGGUCUCUUCGGUCUGAUUGUCGGACUGUUGGUUUCCGGCAAGGCCAACGACUUUGGGGCUUGAUUAAAUUCACGGUGCUCCCAAAGGAGCGAAUACAAUGGAUAGAGAGGCUGGAAAAGUCACGCAUGGGGCGUGCACAACAGGUGGGCAAGACACGGCUGU